AAUUGGUUACACCGAAGGUAAACGGCAAGCUUAGUAUAAAAAAACUUGCACGUAUAUGACAUGAGAUUUCAUUUUAAAGUUUUUGUAGUUUCUCACAUUGUUAAAUGCAUUUGUAUUACUUCAUACGUUUGUGUUUAUAAAGUUUUACUAUUGCUUUUAAUUAAAGAUCUAAUCUAAUAUGCUAUAAACCCACAACAUGCGGCGCAGCGUUUUGUUCAAUAACAUUGUUUACAUGAGUAUCUUAUAAAUGAUCGUGUACUUUUAAAUCGUUAAGUCCGCGUCUGAAUAUUAUUAUACUAUUGGUGAAGCAUGUCAACAAUCACCAAGGACAUGGAAGCGAAAGUGCCAAAAAAGAAAGUAAAAUUUGUGUUAAUUGCUAUAAUAGUAAUUGUUACAUUUUCAUAUUUUUACUUCAACAGACCGGUCCUUGUGCGUCGAAUCAAUAAACUUCGGCACAGUCCAUGUUUUUUAAAAAGACAUUACGACCUUUUACCUAAAAUAGAAACGCGAGUGAAUCCGCUGGCGCGCAAUAUAUUUUUCGUCGAGAAAGAGUGCGGGGAGUUCACGGCGCGCUUCGCGUGCGCCGUCGAGGCCGCGGCACUCGCCAACCCUGAAAUGCAGGUCAACGUGCUCUUCAUCGGCCCAGCCUUUAAUGUCAGAAAGCUUGUAGCAAUACAAACACAAUUCCCCAAUGUCAAAUUUGUCAGAAUCAACCUAGAAAACUUCGCCAAAAGUUCCGACCUCAAAUUCAUUCUGAACCAAAAGUCGAUACGAUACAGAAGAAUAUUAAAAACAGGUACCUUGGAUAUUGUAAAAUAUUGGAUACUCAACAAAUAUGGCGGCAUAUACUUGGACAAGAACAUGAUUGUGAUUGGUCCACUCGCCAAGUACUCAAAUAACUGGAUUGUGCGAAAGAGUCGCUAUUCGUUUGCGAUAGAACCAUUGGGACUGUUGAAUGACGCCAUCGGACAUGUGUUUUUCCACAUAAUGUCUAAGGAAAUAUUGAAAUUCUACCAGCGCACGUUACAAUGGGACAAAAAACCGAGUCGGAAGUAUGGUCGUUUAAGCUUUAGUGAUCUCCUCGAGAAAGCCAUGAAGAAAUUCUGCAAGACCUCUUACACUCCCAUCAUGACCUCCAAAAACUGCAGAGGGUUAAAAAUAUACCGCCAAGAAGAGUUGUACCCGCCGGAGUGGGACGACUGGUCCUAUUUUCUCGAAACUGGCGAACUUGAGCAACACCAUGCCUAUUUGUUCCCUCUAUUGAGAAAUAUUCCCAAAGAUAAAAAAAUCCUGAAUACGUCACGGUACGCGAGACUAGUGAGUCAAUUCUGUCCAAUGACUGCGCACGCGCAGGGCAACGACUUCGAGUGGCUGAAGGACUUCACGAGUGAAGAUUACAUGCAACAUAAUAACAUAACUCGAGAAAUAAUCACUGUGAUAUAAGCUGUAAUUAAUUACUAAGUAAUGUAUUGUUUGUGUGUAAUGGUUAAAGAGUUAUUAUGUGACCCCUGUUGCUUGCCUCUAAUCAUUUAGUUGCACGUAUAAUAAAGACACCCAGUGCAAUUAAAGGCUUCUGAUAUCCGCUGAAAGAAAAUAUAUUGGGAUACAUAAACUCAAAAGGUUUCAUAUCUAGACAGUUGUCAUUUACGACAAUUUGGCGACUGGCCAACAAAAAAUGGAAUAAAAUUUAACUUAAACACUAAAUUUAAAAUUUUCACGUUACGGUCUUUCUAUUUACAUAACUAAAGGCUCUACAUUUCUUUCAUAAGCAUUAAAAUUUCAAUUC